AUCACAACCACCAUGAUCUGAACUCGUACAUGUCGCAAGCGGUAUCACUGUAACAUGCAGAAAUGAUCAAAGGGCUGGAUGAAUCUUUUGAGUCACUGGUAGAGCUGGGUAUAUCAAGAACACCGAAUAAUCAAAUCCCACCCCGUGAGCCUCCCAAAGAUCCCAUCGAUAUGAUCGGCUCAUCAAAAGCUGGCCUGGAUUGAAGAACCGUCGAACUGCUUUCAAGACUAUCCUGCUUCACGAGCGAUAUCAUAUGCGAGCAGCAGAAGAUCACAGGCUCGCGGGGUGGGAUACCACUCGCUCCAGCCAGUGCCGCCACGUCGUACUUGCUAGGCACAGACCUAUCAGACGGUUUCAAGAAUGCAGCAAGUGAGUAAUUGUAAACGCCGUCCUUCCUGAUCAUGAAGGCUAAAGAACCGCUUGGCUGGAACCGGGCCUUGUGCUCUCGAGACGAAAACGAUUCUCAACUGGGCAGAAGCUCAUUCGAGCCAUCACGAACAGAUGCCGGUCGCGAGCUUCUUCAAAACUUAGACACCGCGACGGCACCAGAAGAACUUGAAUCCACGAAAAGACCUCAUCAGCUUGGGGUAUCGUCUAAAAGUCCAUUUCUGCCAAUCGCGAAGAAGAUGCUUUGGUAGAUUCCGUGCUUCUACAACAGAUCAAUGAUAUCUUGGAAAGGAGUGAAAUGCACCUCAAUCUAGUACUAGCGGGUCUGAGUACUACUGAGAUAACCUGUGACUGCCACGAUGAUGCACGAUGUGCGUCACGCGGGGCUAAGAUCACGGGAACCAAUCCGAUUCGAGAGAAGUGGCGGUGGCUAGAUACGGUACAGCAUCCUCCACGAGUGCUGCCUUGAAUUGCUGGUUGUUACUUACCGUACCCGCUUGCACCCACAAAACCGCACCGUUCUUCACUUCAGCUUAUCGAACAACUCACCACACACUACAUCAGGCCAGCAACAGAUCAGCAACACAUCCAGACCCAGAUACGAGAAACAUGAGUCUCUUCAACGCCUUCCUCCAGCUCUGCCUGGCCACUCUCACCUUCGCCGCCCCGCUCGCGAACGAGAUUACCAUUCAGAAGAACACUGCAUGGCAAUAUGGAACUGGUGGUGGAAUCGUUGGAUUCAUUGUGUUGAUCGUUGAUAUCAUCAUCUGGGUCGAGCUCAUCCAGUCCAAUCGCCCCAUUUCGCACAAGAUCCUUUGGGCCGUUCUCGUCUUUCUCUUCCCAAUAGUCGGCGCUAUCAUCUACUUUCUGCUCAGCAAUCGCCAGGAGCACAAGGCCGGCGGUUAUGAACCAAUUCCAUAAGCAAGGACUACAAUAUACGAGCAAAGAGAAGGCGGACAGUACGAGUCAGACAGAACAGUCCCGUGCAGCCGGGUGAAACGAGCAGCACUUUUCAGAGAAGGAAAACGUCGAGCGACAAAGCAGCGUCGGCAGAAGACAUGAGUGCUCAGUGCUAGUCAUGAAAUGUGAAUAUGCUUUUGGAGCGUUGAUGAGCUACGAGUCACAUUAAUCUACUACAUUUUGUCUGCUUGAUAUUUGGGACCUGCGCUAAACACUUCGCCCAUGGAGCAGCGAUACCUUCCACACCAUGCAGUAGUGAAUUGAUC